GUUUCACAGUUACUCGAGUUCAUUGUUUGCACCAUUUUAUUCUGUAGUUCACUUUGUUUACUUAAUUUGUUUUGCCUUUUUCUUUUGCUCCAUUGAUUGUUCCAUACGAGCUCAAACACAAAAUAUUGAAAUCGAAAACCCUAUUUUAUUCGAAUGGGCUUUUAUUAAAAUGGGCUCUAAGGGUUCCUAUGUGCUGAUGUUAAUUGAAAUAAAGAAUGUUAUGGGCAAUGUAAUGGGUUCUUUUAUAUGAGUGGUGAACGUUAAUUUGAUGGUUAAACUAUUAAAAUAUAUUUCUUCUGGUUGCAUGUUGUUGUGUUGGCUGAGAUAAUUAAACUUGAGGCACAGUUGAAAUUGCAUAGUGAAUGUUAGAUAGUCUCUUCUCUGUAUCCUUUUGUGGGAGUGCAAUCUGUGAAGAAAAGCUUGUAUCACUGCGUACUGAAGAAAAUGUUUCAGGGCAUGAGUCUGCAAUGCAAAUCGCAACGAUUGUUAUGACAUGCUGCUAAAGCCACCAAAAACAGAGCUGCUUGCAUAAAUAAAAUACAAUUGAAAGCUUGGAAGCCAGAAGCUAACUAAUUAAGAUGAUCUUUUAAAGCUUAUAAAAGCUAUCAUUCGUUGUACAUGAAAAGGAGGGAUCUUUUAGUCAAGCUAUUGGAAACGUGCUGCAGUAAGAUAUCAAUUACACAGUUGCACUCACAGUGUUUGAAAGUAGGCCUUGUCCAUGAUAGUUUCAUUGCGACCAAGCUUAAUGUUCUUUAUGCUAGAUAUGCAUCACUUUGCCAUGCAUAUAAGCUGUUUGAAGAAACACCUUGUAAAACUGUCUAUCUAUGGAAUGCUUUGCUUAGGAGCUAUUUUUCAGAAGGAGAAUGGGUAGAGGCGAUAUCUCUAUUCCAUCAAAUGAAUGCCAAUGCGGUGUCAACUGAGGAAAGACCUGACAAUUACACAGUGUCUAUUGCCUUAAAAUCAUGUGCAGGUUUGCGGAAGCUUGGGCUGGGGAAAACGAUUCAUGGAUUUCUCAAGAAGAAGAUAGAUAAUGACAUGUUUGUGGGGUCUGCAUUGAUUGAGUUGUAUUCAAAGUGUGGACAAAUGAAUGAUGCUGUGAAAGUGUUUGUGGAGUAUCCAAAACCAGAUGUGGUUUUAUGGACUUCAAUAGUUACUGGGUAUGAGCAGAAUGGAAGUCCUGAACUUGCACUUGCAUUUUUCUCCCGAAUGGUAUUGUUGGAGCAAAUAAGUCCUGAUCCAGUAACACUUGUUAGUGCUGCUUCUGCUUGUGCUCAGUUAUCUGAUUUUAAUCUUGGAAGAAGUAUACAUGGUUUUGUAAAACGAAGGGGUUUUGAUACUAAGCUAUGUUUGGCCAAUUCUAUGCUAAAUUUAUAUGGAAAAACUGGUUCCAUCAAGAGUGCAGCUAAUUUGUUCAGGGAAAUGCCAAAUAAAGAUAUUAUAUCUUGGAGCUCAAUGAUUGCCUGUUAUGCUGAUAACGGAGCUGAAACCAAUGCAUUAAAUCUUUACAAUGAAAUGAUAGAUAAGAGAAUUAAACCCAACAGGGUUACUGUGGUUAGUGCACUGCGAGCUUGUGCUUCCACUUCAAAAUUGGAAGAAGGUAUGCAGAUUCAUAAAUUAGCAGUCAAUUAUGGUUUUGAGUUGGAUAUCAAUGUCUCUACAGCUCUUAUGGACAUGUACAUGAAGUGCUUUUCACCUGAAAAUGCAAAUGACCUUUUCAACAGGAUGCCCAAGAAGGACGUAGUUUCUUGGGCUGUUUUGUUUAGUGGCUAUGCUGAAAUUGGAAUGCCUCAUAAGUCCAUGGGGAUUUUCUGCAACAUGUUAUCUAAUGGAACUCGACCUGAUGCUAUUGCUCUAGUGAAGAUUCUUGCAGCAAGUUCGGAAUUGGGGAUUCUUCGACAAGCUGUAUGUCUUCAUGCAUUUGUAACUAAAAGUGGAUUUGACAGUAAUGAAUUUAUUGGAGCGUCACUCAUAGAGUUGUAUGCAAAAUGCAGUAGCAUAGAUAAUGCUAACAAGGUUUUCAGAGGAAUGAUACAUAAAGAUGUUGUCACCUGGAGCUCAAUAAUUGCAGCUUACGGAUCCCAUGGGCAAGGAGAAGAGGCUUUGAAACUAUUUUAUGAGAUGGCUAAUCAUUCGCAUGUUAAGCCUAAUGAUAUAACUUUUGUUUCAAUUCUAUCUGCCUGUAGUCAUGCAGGUUUGAUUGAAGAAGGGAUAGAGAUAUUUCAUGUUAUGGUGAAUGAGUACCAAUUGAUUCCCCAUUCAGAGCAUUAUGGGAUAAUGGUUGAUCUUCUUGGUCGAAUGGGAGAGUUGGAUAAGGCGUUGGACGUGAUUAAUGACAUGCCCAUGCUACCUGGGCCUCAUGUAUGGGGAGCCUUACUUGGUGCAUGUCGUAUACAUCAAAAUAUAAAGAUGGGAGAGCUUGCAGCUCAAAAUCUUUUCCCAUUAGACCCUAAUCACGCAGGCUAUUAUAUACUCUUAUCAAAUAUAUAUUGUGUGGACAAGAAUUGGCAUGAUGCUGCAAAACUCAGGACAUUGGUAAAGGAGAAUAGAUUGAAGAAGAUUAUUGGUCAAAGCAUGAUUGAGAUAAAGAAUGAGGUCCAUAGUUUCGUGGCUGGUGAUAGAUUCCAUGGUGAAUCUGAUCAUAUAUAUGAAAUGCUGAGAAAAUUAGAUACAAAAAUGAGAGAAGAAGGUUGUGAUUCUCCUGUAGAGACACGGGAAAUAAAUUUCUAAUUAUUGCUAUGGCCUACAUGGAACAUUAAAUCUGAUGGGGGAGUUGAGUUGAAUUUAAAGAUUUUGAAUCAGAAACAUCUUUUUAUGCAUUAAAACCUAAUAUUUUGGAACAAAAUAAUAUUUUGCAUUGCAUUGUCAGACAUUUAAAUUUUAUGAAAUUUGACUUUUGUUGCUAGAACUCAUUUUGGGUUCUUAUCUAACUUUUUUGUGGGUGCUUCAAAUUUUGAAUAGGAUUGAAGAACAUUUGUUA